GGGCUUUGUUCGGGGUUGGACGCCAUUUUGCGCGGCGGCCGAGUCUGGCGCUGAUUGGGUUUCGGGGGCCCGCGGCGGAGCCAAUCAGCGCGGGGCCCGGACCGGGGGAGCGCGGCACGAUACGCAGGCUGAGGUGUGCCUUCCACCGUGCUGGAGCUGACCCGCUAUGGAGCAGUACACGGCAAACAGCAACAGCUCCACAGAGCAGAUCGUUGUGCAGGCUGGCCAGAUUCAGCAGCAGCAGCAGGGUGGUGUCACUGCUGUCCAGCUGCAGACUGAGGCCCAAGUGGCAUCCGCCUCAGGCCAGCAAGUCCAGACCCUCCAGGUAGUCCAGGGUCAACCCCUGAUGGUGCAAGUAAGCGGAGGCCAGCUGAUCACAUCAACGGGCCAGCCUAUCAUGGUGCAGGCCGUGCCAGGGGGUCAGGGCCAGACGAUCAUGCAAGUCCCUGUUUCUGGAACACAGGGGCUGCAGCAGAUUCAGUUGGUCCAGCCAGGUCAGAUUCAGAUUCAAGGUGGGCAGGCUGUGCAGGUACAGGGGCAGCAGGGCCAGACCCAGCAGAUCAUUAUACAGCAGCCACAGACUGCAGUUACUGCUGGCCAGACACAGACCCAGCAACAAAUAGCAGUUCAAGGACAACAGGUAGCACAAGCAGCUGAAGGCCAGACCAUAGUCUAUCAGCCAGUUAAUGCUGAUGGAACCAUUCUCCAACAAGUGACAGUCCCUGUUACAGGCAUGAUCACCAUUCCAGCAGCCAGUUUGGCUGGAGCACAAAUUGUCCAAACGGGAGCCAACACCAACACAACCAGUAGUGGACAAGGGACUGUCACAGUAACGCUGCCGGUUGCUGGAAAUGUUGUCAAUUCAGGUGGAAUGGUUAUGAUGGUACCUGGAGCUGGCUCAGUACCAGCUAUCCAGAGAAUACCUUUGCCUGGGGCAGAAAUGCUGGAAGAAGAGCCCCUCUAUGUAAAUGCCAAGCAGUAUCACCGGAUCCUGAAGAGGAGGCAGGCACGUGCUAAGCUUGAAGCAGAGGGGAAAAUUCCCAAAGAAAGAAGGAAAUACUUGCAUGAAUCUCGGCAUCGCCAUGCCAUGGCCAGGAAGAGGGGAGAAGGUGGACGUUUCUUCUCACCAAAGGAAAAAGACAGCCCGCAUAUGCAGGAUCCAACUCAGACCAAUGAAGAAGCAAUGACACAGAUGAUCAGAGUGUCCUAACUGCUGCUUAACGAAAAAAUAUAACUGAGUAGGAUUCCUGUCCCCUCUGCAAGUCUCUCCUCUCUUUCCAGUGUAUCAAGCGAGUCUUUCAAUGGGACAUUCACCAUAUCACAGCCCAUCGUUUUCUACAGAACAAGCACCACGUUGUCAGUACGUGGGUUGGGAUUUUAACUGCAGUUCACUCAACAGAAAAAAACACUCAAACUUACUGACUUUCUUGGUAUACUCUUCUGAUCCAGCACAGGGAUUUCAGAGGCUGAGUAGUGCUCAUGCCUUUGUUUUCCUUCUUUUAAACAUCUCUUGCAUUAAGAUUGGCCAUAGGUGUGAGUGUGCUGCUGACUCAGUGAUCAGCAAUAACUCUGGCAUGCUGAAGCAGGGGCAACAAAGACUUCUUGGAGUUAUGGCCCUUCUGUACAGAGACUUCCUCCAGCUUCUAGCAACCAGCACCAAUGUGGCUACACCACACAAAACUCCUUUGUUUUCCUGCAGAAACUUGUCAUUUACAUCCACUCCUUACACCUUUGGACUUCACUGUCGACUGGACUGUUCCCUGUUGUUGCAUCUGCACUUCUGAACUGGCAGAAACUGAAGGGGGGAUUCUUUUAAGUUCCACCUUGUAAAAUAUGUAAAAACCAAACUCUUAUCUGGGAAGAGUUCAGCCAUCUAAUCACCAUGAUAGAAAUAUUUCAAGAUCACUGCAGGACUUGUUCCAAGAAGUAAGAUGGGAGGGGGAUGCAGGGAUAAGGAUUUAAUUGGUAACAGCAGUCACUGGAUGGUUUUUGGUAUGUUUGUUGCCAGUAGUUGUUGCUUUGGAAGAGAAGUGGGUGCUAGUAUAGAAACAUUUAAAACUUCCAAGUGAGUCUCUUCUAAAGGAUUCCUUCUAACCUGCCCAUCCGGUGCAUGGUUCCUCCAAAAGACAAAAUCUGCAGUCUCUGAGUGAUAGCACUUGACCAUCUCUGUGAUGGUGUUUCUUGAUGUCUGUUCUAAAUCAGUUCUACAAUUCUCUCAUUCUACAAGGACUGAGGGAUUUUAUGGCAGCAGAAGCGUCGGGCGACCUAACUCAGCUCAUCCUGGGGUAACUGAGGAGCUGUUAAACACAGGAAGGCAGAUAUUGAUGAACCUUUCAGGCUUUUGAUAGACUGCCCUCUUUAAAGAAAAAACAAAGUGGCACUUAGAGGAGUACUUACAUUUAAAAAAAUGGAUUAUUUUUCAUGACCAGUCACUGGCUUCUGCCCGAGUGUCCUGACAAAACCUAUCUUGAAUUCCACAGCUCAUUAUGGAUUUUAAGCUUGCUCCAUUCUUACUGAUUUGAAAUUUGGCGAUGGAAGCUGUGGUUCAUAAGCAUUUUAACGGGUGAUGUUUGCAUCUUUCUGUCUCCUCCCAUCAUGCGUGAGUUCUAAGAUGCUCUGUGUAUCACCUGCGUUCUGCAGUCCCAUCUCUUCUAGUUCUUGUGGUCUGUUCAAACACAAAACUGCCAGGAGUUAAGCAUGGGAUUGGCAGUAUUGCCAGGCAUUGUCACUGAGGAGGUAGUGAUGAACCAAAUAGGUGAAGUUGGAGCGGCCAGUAUGGGUUUGAGGAAAGCAGCCAAGGAUGGGUGAGACUGGUUUAAAUUCAGUGAACUCUGUUUUCAGGUAAAUGCAGCUUGAAAAAUACAACCCAUUUUAUUUCUUGUCCCCUCUGUUUUUCACAUUCACUUAAAGCUUAUGACUAAGUACACAGUGGAGGACAAAUCAGCAAGUUGUAGAAGACUGAGAGGAUACAAAAAGACAGAGCUUUGGAAAGUCUAUUUACUUUAGAUAAAAAAGAAAGAGAAAUUCUGAACCUAAGAGUGUGAGAAGGUGGGAAGCAAUGCAAGAAGAGGGAGCAGAAAUGGCAAGCAGGCAAUCUUGGAGGAAAAGCAUGUCAAGACACUAAGGAUGACAGCAUUUAGGUCAGCCACCCGUGGAUGUACAUAGCCAGUGAAAGAACACAGAGAUGCAGAUCUGGCAUUUGUAGCAGGCAGCUGGAUUUUCUAAGUGGAGUUCAAUUCAUUUUCCUGAGGCUUUAGUGCCGUGUUCCUGCUCUUACCACUGCUGACAUGGUGAACUGAGGCUGAGGAGGAAGCUUGGGCACACGCUUGGCACCAGCAGCUAUGGGAGGUGGUGGCCAGUUCUUGACAGGCCAAUAAAUCUGUUCAUUUUGUCUUAAAUUAUAUGAGUUACCUAACACUCUGCUCACAAAUCUUAAUGUUGGGAUUUUUUCCUAACACUUAAAAGGCAUUUGUUUACCUCCAUUGCAUUAAUGGCAUCUUUGGUGCCGUUGGUUGCUUCUGCCUUAAAAUACUUGCCCAAUCUGAGCACGGUGCUUCUGUUCUUCAGUUGGCGACUCUGAAAUCCUCACCCAUUCAGGAAAUACGUAGCUCUCUUAGGGAAGGACUAACAAGAAAUCAGCUUUAUUUGAAUUUGCAGCAUUAUUGUAAAUAUUUUUUAAGCGCAUCUGUACAGUUGGUCAGUGGAAUACUCAUGUGCUGGAGGUUUAUUUCUGUGCUGGAGUAAGACAGCCUCUCCAUAAUGUUUCUGCUCUUCAGGUCACAGCUGAUCUCCAUCCUGGAGAGCUCCUUCUGAAAGUUGGAAGUCAGAGAAGCAAGAGUAUUGCUCUGACAGGUAUUUUUUUUAAAUGAAUAAUUACUUCUUUUCUUAAUGAACUUGUAAACUUCAAAGCAGCUAGAAUGUUUUUUCCCACUAAGCUCUUCUAUAUAGGUUUUCUGACCCGUUGUUGUAGAAUGUGUAUUAAGACCUCUGCAUUUGUGUUACAUAGGAAGUCUUAUUGUUAAUACUUUCAAUAGUGAUGUGAAAGCCUGAGUGCGACUGUCCUGUUUUUCCUUUGCUUUGGAUUAUAUGUAUCACUUCUAAAAGUAGUGUUUGCUUGGUGAGAUUGGAGUUACCGGUCAACACCAUGUCACCAAAACUGCUUUCUUUUCCUGGGUAAAUGGGUUAAAUUGGAGACGUCAUCAAGUUCAAACCUCUCUAGUAAUUCAAUGGGAAUUCUUUGUAGAUUUGCUGCACUUGAGGAAAACCUCCCAUUUAGGAGUGCAUAAAAGAGAGGAUAAACGAAGAGGCUCGGGAAUGAUUGUGGUUGAUUGACCCAGAGAGCACUGGAGUGGCGAAGCGAUCAAAAACCAGUUGAAUGGGAAUGUGAAGAAUGGGGUUUGGAGAACGGUGCCCAAGCGAUGCCACGCGGCUUUAAGGCUUUGCAUGUUAAAAGGGGGCGAGAAGAAUCUUUGUGAAUGAGAGUGGGGAGGGUACUGAAGUUAAUGAGACGUGAGGCAAAGUUUGUAUAUAGUUAAAAGUUUAUAAUUUUUUUUUAUAUAAUGCAUUUUUUCAAGUGUAUUUCGGUCUUUAAUAGAUGCAAUUGUAAGUACUGUGUACACGAUCCAGCUAAUAAAAGUUUAUAAACCAAG